CAGCACCACCCUCUGACUAAAACUUGGCCCCACCCCAAAGCACAGCCACCCACAAGAUAGAUAAUCUCACAACUUUUCCACACCACUAACUUUCUGCCACGUGUCGCACACAGAUUCUCUCCCUCCUCCCAACACUACUAAAAACAGCAAACCACAAUCACUGCAAACACAACUCACUGACUAUUUUCUUUCCUUCUUUCUUUCCUGGGAAAAACCAAAACACUGUCUUUACAGUUACACUGACAAAAUCAAACUACUACUCCAAUAAUGUUGGAGCAUGAUCUCUUCACCUCCACCUCCACCACCACUGUCAAGGCCAAGUUUCCGCGUGUCUGUGACACGUGCCGCUCCGCCACAUGCACCGUCUUCUGCCGCGCUGACUCGGCGUAUUUGUGCGCCGGGUGCGACGCACAGGUACAUGCGGCGAACCGGGUAGCCUCCCGGCACGAGCGUGUGUGGGUCUGCGAGGCCUGCGAGUGCGCCCCAGCCGCGUUUCUCUGCAAGGCUGAUGCAGCUUCUCUCUGCUCCUCAUGUGAUGCUGACAUCCACUCUGCUAAUCCUCUUGCCAGCCGCCACCACCGCGUCCCCAUUCUUCCCAUCUCAGGCUGCCUCUAUGGCCCUCCGGCCAACCUUUUAGGUGGUGAAGAUGAUGGCUUUGUCGGUGGUGGUGGUGAGAUGGAAGAUGAAGAGGAGGAGGUUGUUGAUAUGGAGGAUGAAGAUGAGGCUGCUUCUUGGUUGUUGCUGAAUCCUGUGAAAAAUAGCAACAACAACAAUAACAAUAAUAACAAUGAACACAAUCAGCAGGGUAAUGGUUUCUUGUUUAGUGGGGAGGUGGAUGAGUAUUUGGACCUUGUGGAUUGUAAUUCUUGUGGUGAAAACCAGUUCACCACCACUACUACUACUACCACUACUGAUCAUUACAACCACCACCAGCAUCAGCAGCAGCAUCAACAACAUUAUGGUGUUCCUCAAAAGGGCUAUGCUGGGGAUAGUGUGGUUCCAGUUCAGCAACAACAACAACAACAAGCACAUCAUUUUCAGCUUGGGUUGGAGUUUGAGCCCUCCAAAGCUGGGUUCAGUUACAAUGGUUCUUCUAUUAGUCAAAAUGUUUCAGUUUCAUCAAUGGAUGUUGGUGUUGUACCAGAUUCAACAAUGAGGGAUGUCUCAGUUUCCUAUUCAAGGCCCUCAAAAGGAACAAUUGACCUAUUUUCUGGACCUGCCCUUCAGAUGUCUUCUCAUUUUUCUCCAUUGGACAGGGAGGCCAGGGUCCUAAGGUACAGGGAGAAAAAAAAGACAAGAAAAUUUGAGAAGACAAUAAGGUAUGCCUCAAGGAAGGCCUAUGCAGAGACUAGACCCCGGAUAAAAGGUCGAUUCGCCAAGCGAACUGAUGUAGAAGCUGAAGUUGAUCAGAUGUUCUCCACAACGCUAAUCACAGAAGUUGGAUAUGGCAUUGUUCCUUCCUUCUGAAUUUGCUGCCAGAAGACUGAGAAGAAGAAGAAGGUUGAGAAACAUGGUCAUUAGAAAUCACAAGCACUUGUGUACUAUUACUAAGUUAUUCUACUGAUAGCUGUAUUUUUUAUGUAUUCUAAUUACUUGCAGUUGCACUAAUUAGAUAUAAGCUGUAAUAUUUUGUUCAUUGUCUUCUGAAUGAGAAUGUUAUUUGUAAAUACAGUCCUAUAUUAAGUUAUCAAAUUACAAUCAA